AUGCCUUGGUUUUCAGAAAUAGCGAACUACCUGGCCAGAGAACAAGAACCGCUCAAAUUCACCGGAAAUGACAAGAAGAAAUUCUUAAAAGACGUCAGACGCUAUCUCUGGGAUGAGCCAUUCUUGUAUAAGCAGUGUGCCGAUAAUAUUUACAGAAGGUGUGUUGCCGAAGAAGAGAUACCAGGCAUACUCUUCCACUGCCACGGUUCCAACUACGCGGGACAUUUUGCUGUAAGCAAAACCGUUUCGAAGAUCCUACAAGCUGGUUUCUGGUGGCCUACGAUGUUCAAAGAUGCCCACUCCUUCAUCUCUAAGUGUGAUCCAUGCCAGAGACAGGGAAAUAUCAGCAAGAGGAUUGAGAUGCCACAGAACUUCAUCCUGGAAGUUGAGGUAUUUGACGUGUGGGGGAUCGAUUUCAUGGGACCAUUCCCAUCCUCUUACAACAAUAACACCACUCCCUUUCACCUUGUCUAUGGGAAACCAUGCCAUCUCCUAGUGGAGUUGGAGUACAAAUCAGCUUGGGCUGUCAAACAGAUGAAUUUUGAUGUGAAACCCACAGCUGAGAGAAGGAUGAUCCAGCUAAACGAAUUGGACGAGUUUCGACAUAUGGCAUUCGAAAACUCCAAGAUACACAAGGAGCGCACAAAGGCAUAUCAUGAUAGGAAGAUCAUUCCGAGGACUUUUGCUGCAAAUGAUCAAGUCCUACUCUUCAACUCUCGCCUGAGGUUGUUUCCCGGGAAGCUUAAAUCCCGAUGGUCCGGGCCUUUCACUAUCAAAGAAGUAAAACCCUAUGGAGCAGUUGUGCUGUGGAGUCAUGAUGGUAGUGAGUUUGUUGUGAACGGUCAGCGUCUAAAGCCAUACCUAGCCUACACGGAAAUCCCCGAAGGAGAAGAUGUCUCUCUCGGAGAACCGCCUCGAGCUUAG